AGGUGCGUCGAAUGCUGCAGUUGUGUCAGAUCAUCGCCAUUGUCUUUCGAGGUCUUCCGCCUUACUCAGACAGCAACAAUGAAAUUCUACGCCGUUAUUCUCCUACUUGUGGUUGUGUUUGUCGCAAACAGUGAUGCUUUCUGGAAGAAAAGAUGCAAGAAUUGUAAGUGGGGAUACGGAGGAGGCGGCGGCGGCGGCGCCGGUGGCGGUGGAGGUUAUGGUGGAGGGUACGGCGGAGGGUAUGGUGGCGGUUAUGGUGCUGGAUACGGAGGCGGAUACGGCGCAGGGUAUGGUGGCGGAUACGGCGGAGGGUACGGAGGCGGAUACGGUGGAGGUUAUGGCGGCGGUGGCGGUGGCGGUGGUGGCCACGGCUGGAAGAAAUACUAAGUGACGAGUUGACAGAUGCAGGCGAUGCGUGCUUUCAACGACUGGCAAACGGAUAAGACACAAAACCGAUACAUUGUAUUGUUUAAUAAAUAGAUUCAGUUUA